CGUAAGUUAGCAAUAGAACACCAGACGUGGUCUGCUGCCUACACACAAGGAAGUCAGAUAGGUUGUUUUAAUGCUUCAGAAAGUCUGGUUACUCAAGGGUCUCUGAACCAGCGAGUGUUAAGGUCUGGUUCUGUGCAUUGAUUUAUAGUAAAUCCAAGCCCUUUUGAGUGGACUUAAUGCACUCACUGAUCGUCUUAAAUACCUGUUACUGAUAAAUACGUUUGUAGAAUCCUAUGUUGAAUCAUCACUUGAGCAACCACCACACGUGUAUUAGGGCUAAUUAAGGCCUUUGGAGGUGGCCAAUUGCAUCUAUUGCACCAACAUCUAUCAGAGAUCUUGAACUAUCACGAAAGAAAAACCUGUUUAAACGUACUGGAGAUCGAAUAUAUACUAGUCUGUCCGCAGAAGCAAACGGGAAGUAACAUUGUCAAGCUUCAAAAUAACUUGUUUCCAACAAAAUUUCAAGAAGGGGACUGCUCAGUUACAUUGAAGUUUGCCAGCAAGUGUUGAUGGGGCGAUCUUUACCUCCCUGUUAUAGAUGUCUACAAUCGAUAGUGGGAAAUAAUUACAAAAGACUAGCACUAUACAUUCUUCUUCUCACUUAUUUUUGCUACACAUGCUACCAUGCUUCGCGCAAACCACUCAGCGUUGUUAAAACAGUUUUACAUAGUCCCGAAAAGAAAAAUGUGGACGGUACUAGUUCCUUUGGUUGGGCGCCGUUCGAUAACGAGAACUGGAGCCAACUACUGGGAGGACUUGAGUACAUUUAUUUGUUCACAUAUGCCGCUUCAAUGGUCUUAAAUGGUUUUCUUGCAGAAAGGGUCAAUUUACGGGUUUUCUUAUCACUUGGUAUGUUACUUAGUGGGGUUUCCACAGUUACAUUUGGACUUGCUGCGUACUUGGAAAUCCACCAGUACUCAUACUUCGUCCUUAUUCAGGUGUUUUCUGGACUAGUUCAAGCUUCCGGAUGGCCAGCCGUUGUCACUUUGAUGGGAAAUUGGUGGGGAAAAAGCAGACGUGGACUCAUUAUGGGUCUGUGGAAUUCUCAUACAAGUUUAGGAAAUAUUUUGGGAUCCGUUAUUGCCGGAUUUUAUGUUGAAACAAAUUGGGGCGCUUCAUUUUACUUACCUGGUGUCAUCAUGAUCUUCGGCUCAUUGGUUGUUUAUUUGACGUUGGUGGAGCAUCCUAAUAUGGUGGAUUUUAAUGCAGCCGAUUCUGACCGGGAAACUACAAAAACCAUAGUGUUACGAAAUACGUCUGAGUCAAAUCUUAGUCGACAAAUGUCAGACAAGGAUGACAUGAAGCCGUUGAUACCUAAUUCAGAGGCCAGCCGACCAAUCUCCUUCAUAGAUGCUAUUCUGUUACCAAAUGUAUUCACUUACUCAGUCCUCCUAUUCUUUGCAAAACUUGUUUCCUACACAUUUCUUUAUUGGCUUCCAAAUUAUCUGACUAUCGUUGAACACGUGUCAGCUGGAGAGGCUGCUCAGCUUUCGAUACUAUUCGAUAUUGGCGGAAUAGUUGGUGGUGUAUUGAUAGGAUGGCUUAGUGAUGCUCAGUUGAAUGCACAGAACCGUAAUGCAGAUGAAAAGACAAUUCGAAGACGUGCUUUCGCCUGUGCUGUUAUGCUAGCUUGUGCAGCACCUUUGUUACUGGUUUAUCGUUUCAUGACCUCUGCAAACUCAUUCAUAUCACUAUUUGUACUUACAUGUUGUGGAGCAGCAGUCAAUGGACCUUAUGCACUAGUAACAACUGCUGUAUCAGCUGACUUGGGUACUCAAACAGCCUUACAAGGACGAGCUCGUGCUUUGGCAACAAUUACAGCUAUUAUCGAUGGGAUGGGAUCAUUAGUUUUGAUCGACAUUGUUUCAAUGUUUGCAGUACCACGCUGUUCCCAUUAUUCUUACCAUUUUCGGGAUAAUUACUAUAUAGUAAUGAUGAAUAGUGGCUAGCAGUGGAAUCCAGGAUGCGCAUUUCCAUCAUUAUUACAUGGUUAAGAACACAGGCAAUAUCGAGGUAUCUGCACAGGAGCCCAUAUUUCAACAGAGACUGAUCAAUUCGAUUCAAUCAACGACUGUGUAAUACAAGCAAUAACACUAAUUACUAUUAUCGCCAUUAUUUUUAUAAUUGUCUAGAUAUCUAUUAUUUACAUGCUUCUUUUCCUAAUUACCACAGACUAAAUAAUCCACCUUGAUUAGUUUAAUGUUUUAUAUAUAAGAAAAUUUAUUUCAAUUAACGUAAAGUCUGAUGAGAGCUAAUUGAAAACAAUAUUGUUCACGCUUAUAUGUCUUUUUCCAAUUUUGAUGAAUGUCUGUCUGUCUGUCUGUCUGUCUGUCUGUCAAUUCGUGCAAUGUAAGCAAGUGAAUAAUGACCAUUUUUAGUUGAUACUCUGUUGUUUGAAUCACACUUAUUGUUUGAUGAAUAUAUAUACAUAGGUACCACCUGGCUCCUCAAUCUCCUUGGUAGGCAAAAUUAGCAAUGUAAAUAAAUGUGGAGAGAAAAAAAUGUUAUCUCAUUGUAGCGAUUCACCUAUAAAACUACUUUUAACCAUCAAAUCGUCUUUUUUUUUACUAACUUUAUAUUAAGUUCAUGAUAUCCAGAGUUGGGAGGAUUGUUGUUUUGGCUUUGAGUAGCCUAAGAUGAUAGAACUUAGUAUAUAAUAAUUGUUUGCAGUGUACGAUUCACUGAGAAUGUGAUUUUGAUUUGUGACUGAAUGGUUUAGGGAGUUCAGUUUCAAUUGGUUGGUCGUCGGUUCGAACACUACUCCAUUUACCAUGGUUUGGGCAGUCAGUUGGUAUCAUUAGCCCUAUUACAACAGAUGCGGUUCAUUCUUUACUGUAUGAAUGUGUACGAAGUUGUUGAGUUUAUUUCAGUUCGAUUUUUUUCAUUUUAUUUUCUUCAUAGGUGCUGCUCUGGGUCCACUUCUUACAGGUUUAUUAGUACCAUUUGGGUGGUCUGUUGUAUUUAGCAUGUUGAUUGUAUCCGAUUUAUUGGCUUUAUUAAUGUCAGUAUGGAUAAUCAUUAAUUCACGACGUCGACAAAAACGUCACGGAACUCAAUCAACGAUUCGUACUUAGCCUUGUACCAAAAAUCUAAAAUGAAUCCAUGUCAGUUAUAUACAUAGAGUGGUAUCUUUCUUUCUAAUUGAUAUCUUAUCACAUAUCACCAUAUAAUUUGUGCUGAUGUUUUGCUUUUUUCUUGUUUUACUGUGUUACGUCUUUCAUGAAAAUGUCAUUUUCUAAUUCAAUGACCGACAUAUCAUGUAUUCUACCUUUGUAGGCAUUAAAUGUUUUAUUUGUUGCGAAGAAUUAUGCUUUUAUCGACUGUUCUUUGUUGUAAUUUGUUUUUUGUAUGUUAGAUAUAAUUUAUUUAGCAUACUAGUGACUUGUUAGUGAGUGUUAUUAAUUUCUCACGGUGAUAUCUGUUAUGCACUAAAAGUAAAUAAUAAUAAUAAUAAUAAUAAUAAUGGUUGUUUUUGUAAGCUAUUGGCUUUUAUUGCAGUCGGUGUCACCACAUGAGUAACGCAGAAGUCAGGAGUAGAUUUUUAGGGAGGAAAGGGAAGUCAGUUGAUAAAGUUGUGAACCUUCAUUGAGUGAGAUAAGAUGGCUGGGACAGGUGUUACAUAUGCAAAGUCACCGUCUGACUCAUUGCAUAAUGUUGACCGAAGUAGGUUCAGGUUAGAAAAAGGCUCUGGGCGGCCAGACUAAAACGUCAUCAUUGCAUAAAG